CGCGCUCUAGCAGUAAAUGGCUGAGUUAUUAGCUGUGUGGGUUCGACCGGAGCCGUUUGACUUCGGAAUAUGCCAGAUUCCACCGCCUUCAAAGCUUAAUAUUAGUAAUCUUCACAGACUUGCUGCUUAUGCCAAGUCAAAAGGUUCUCAAGGUUGGCCCAGUAUGAGUUAUUGUCUGUGGAGUCGUUGUGCUUGUAGCAAGCUUCAUAUGACUGAAGAUCAGGCUCAAGCAUACUUUGAAUGCUUUCGUCUUGUUUGGUAUGAUCAUAAAGCUUCUGAGACAUUGCAAUGGGCAAAGUCAUACAGUCGUUGCAAAACUGAACGUGAAAGGGAUCAGUUGGUUCAGCAGCAAGUUGUGCCUGUUCCACAGUUUUUGCUAUUUCUUCAUAUUCAGUUGUCAAUGAAAAUAUCAUUAAAAUCAAAGCUGAUGUCUGACGAUGAAUGGAAGUUGGUUCCUCAAGCACACGACAAGCGAGCUGCAGCCAGCAAACACUCGAGUGAACAUACACACAUGGACUACAUCUCAAAUCAUUUGUUGGAGCUAGUACAGCUGCUGGUAGAGCCAGAUUCGUACUCUACAGCAUCAGCUGCUGUUGCAGAUCAAACUAUCAGUGGGAGCAGUAUAGAUGCUUUGGACUACCUUCUGGCAUGUUUGAAACUUACUCAAUCACAGUCAAGAAAACAUGUUUCGUUGAGGGAAGCUGCACAGCUUCAGUCAGAGAUAUCACAUAGUGGUUACUCCAAAAUUACUCAUACAUUUUCUAUUGCAAAGCUUGUUCAUUGGAUCCGUUCUCAUCUGACUGAAAAUCUAUACGGUGUUUCUUCAACCAUUACAAAUCGUCACAAACUGGCUACCAGUUCUUCUCUACAUGUUGAUGGCAGACGAAAAGGAAGAAUGAUCUCUAAUCUAGCUAUCAGUCCUAAUGAUGCCAGGCUGGUCAUAUUAGCACAUAUCAAGAAAUUAAGAGUGAUGAAGGGUGAAGAUGAGCUUGCAGGAGCACUAGUUCGUAUUCAAUCUUGUCGUGAAGCAUUUGUGUAUCUUUUAGCACCAAUGAGGCAUGUCUGGAUUGACCACUGUCGGAACUGUACAUUUAUAUUGGGAGCUGUUCAAGGAAUUGUACACAUUGCACACUGCACACACUGCACAGUCAUAGUUAUGUGCGGUCAACUUCAGAUCAGAGAAUGCACACAGUGUGUGCUCCAUUCAUGUACACCAUGCAAGCCAAUCCUUCAGAAUGGGAAUGACGGCUUGAUGUUAGGGCCGUACCAUACAUUCUAUCCUGCACUAGGUCAACAUAUGAUAGCAGCUGGGCUAAUAUCAGAAAUAAACAAAUGGGACAGUCCCAUCUUUACAGUUGAAGAUGAUGAAGCUAGUCCAUCCUAUCAGCUAUUACCUCACGAUGAUUUCUAUCCAUUUACUGUACCCUACAAAAUGUCUGGAGAUCUCAAGGAAAAUCCUUGUCCUUUACCUCCGCUGUAUGCUAAUGCAUUGUCCAAGAGAAAACGUUCUCUGGAAAGUUGGUAUCAGGCAUUACAGGAAGCAGAUUUAGACAGUAGCCAGCAACAACAGCUUCAAUCUGCUGUAGAAACACAGUUUCACGAGUGGCUCAUCCAGACAGGCAAUGAUAUACAGCUAGCCAAUAGUUAG